GAUGCCUUGACGGUGUACCAUCUUAAGAUGCACCAUGGCUACACCCAAGUCAUCAAGUACAUUGAUAAAAGAGAAUUGAAACCAAGCAGUGUUAUCUUCUUCCUUAUCCCUUCCGAUUACAAUGUGGCUUCUGCAACUCCCUCCCAAGCUUUCCAACCCCUUCAUCCAUGGCACACCCUUCACCCCUCUCUCCAAACCCGCCACCGCUCUCACCCACCACACCCACUCACCGCCGUCGUUCCUCCCGUCGAUCAAGGCCAUGAAAUCCAUCCAAGGGAAGGUGGUGUGCUCCGCCAGCGACAAGACCGUCGCGGUGGAGGUUGUUCGUCUGGCGCCGCACCCCAAGUACAAGAGGCGUGUCAGGAAGAAGAAGAAGUACCAGGCUCAUGACCCUGAGAAUCAGUUCAAGGUCGGUGACAUUGUUCAGCUGACCAAGACCAGACCCAUCAGCAAAACCAAGGCCUUUCUCGCUCUUCCUGUUCCUAGUAGGGGUGCCAAGAACAAACCUUCCGGUGAUCUUCCGAUUCCGUUGGAGUCUGAGCAGGAGCCGCAGCAGCAGCAGGAGGAGGAGGGCCAGGCUUAGGUGUAUGCAAAAGUUCUGAAUGUUAGUCUCUUACUGUUGUUGAUUUGUGCUUUUUUUAUCUGAAUUGGUUCAUGUUUUUGUGUAGUGUAAAAGUCCUGAGUUGUUCUGGGUUGUAAUUUAUUGGGGCAUAGUGAAAUUGAGAAUUGAAUGUUGUGACUCUGUUGUUGUGGGAACCUCAAUUGCUUGUUGUGCCCUUUAGGUGUUUGAUGAAAUGUUGGAAUUGGAUACUGAUUUUGAUAAGAAUUGUGCUUCAUAGA